CGAUCACAGGCUCCGAGUUGGGUUUACGACAGCUAACGACCACUCGAUUCUUGUUUCUCUCUUGAGUCUUAACCGCGAGCUUCCGCAUCUCUCAUCUCUCCCGAAAGACGAACAGGAUGUACCAAUCACAGCAGGGUCCUUCCAGUCCCAUGCUCCCGCCUCCGUCGCGUACUCCCGAACCGCCCCAGCCUAGUCAAGCUCCAAGCUCACGCACUGUAGACCCAGAUUAUGUCUACUUCGAGCGUACAACGACGGGCUUCACAUCGGACGCCAUCGCUCGCGCCACAGCCGCGAAGCUCAAACUGGCUACUUACUAUAAGGUUGCCGUGGAGGCUGCCAUCGCUCGCAACGCCCGGCGGAUUGAGCUUGAGACGCGGUUAAUACAGAUCCCUACGCCAGAUGGAAAGGAACGCGAGAUUCGAAAGUACACCAAGCUCGAGUGUUCCCAUUUGCGUCUGAGAAGGACGAAGAUCACGCUGGCCGACUUCCGCACCAUCAAGGUUAUUGGCAAGGGCGCGUUUGGAGAGGUCCGGCUCGUCCAGAAGCAGGAUACGGGCAAGGUCUAUGCGAUGAAGAGUUUGAACAAGGCGGAAAUGUUGAAACGCGAUCAACUAGCUCACGUCCGCGCGGAACGUGACGUGCUGGCAGAAAGCAAUUCUCCUUGGGUUGUACAGCUUUUCUAUUCGUUCCAGGAUCCCUUCUACUUGUUUCUUGUCAUGGAAUUCCUUCCUGGAGGCGAUUUGAUGACGAUGCUCAUGAAAUACGACGUGUUCUCUGAGGAUGUCACGCGCUUCUACAUGGCCGAGUGUAUCCUCGCGAUCGAAGCAGUCCAUGCGCUUGGCUAUAUUCACCGUCCCGAUAUCAAGCCCGAUAACGUGCUGAUUGACAAGAACGGACAUCUCAAACUGUCUGAUUUUGGUCUCUCCACUGGCCUGCACAAAGCCGCGGAUGGGGACGUAUACAAGCGAUAUCUCGAGCAGAGAAGACUGUCAACCCGGCCCGUAACAGUGUGC